AGAAUUAUUAAGAUAAUAUUAACUAAGAAACACGUUAUAAUUUAUGUUUACAGAAAAAUGAACUACGCAAUAGGAAUACUAAUACUAACCGUAUGGAUAAUCGAAAUAACGUAUGCAAAAAUCGACAAUGAAGAUAUCAGCGUUAUAACAAUGAAUAAAGGUAUAGGCAUAUACUUUGAAUGAAUGACCGCAAUACGUAGAGUAGCAGGUUCCUUGAGAACAGCAGUGAUAAGGCCGAAGCACAAUACCUUCGCGAACGAAAAUUCGUUCGCGAACGACGUUCGCAAAGCCAAAGUUGACGUUCGCGAAUCCGAAGUUUAAUUGUGCGUUGAAACGUUCGCGAACAUUCGUUGAAGGCACCAUAACCUGGAAAAAUUGAUGUCAACUGGCGGGGAUCAGUCUUAUUUUAAGUAUAAAUACUAUAAAGACGACAAAGAUUUUUACCAAAAAUUUAUUCGGGAGGAAGAAAGUAAAAAAAUCAUGGCUGAAAUUCAGGAUUUUUCGGAUUAUGAGGAUGAGUUUUAUGACGAUAGAGGUGACGACGAAAUGCUGAUCGAUUUGGUUAGGGGUUAUCCUUGCCUUUAUGAAAGAUCGUCUAAGGACGUCAAAGACUUAGGAAUGAAGGAAACAUCUUGGCAGGAAAUUGCUAACAUACUUAAUAGCCAUCCUGCAAGUGUUCAACAGAAAUGGAAGGAUUUAAAAGAUAAGUAUUGUAGAGAAAAAAGAUUGUCAGAUGCAGAAUACACAAGUGGAAGUGGCUCUUCAUCAAAAAAGAAAUUUCCUUAUUUUAAGGAAAUGUCGUUUCUGGAACCGCAUCUUCGAAAGAGAAAAACGCAAAAUAAUUUUAAUGAAAAAUCACCAGGUUUUUCGGGUGCAAAAAAUGAAAAAGAUAUCAGCAAUAAACGAUCGAAGAAUGAUAAUCCACCAUCUGGAAAAAAAAUAAAAACCGAAAAUAACGAGGAUAUAAAAACCACUUUAGUGUCACUAACCAAAGUCGCAGAAAAGAUACUCGAUAAAAAUAAGAGCGAUAAAGAGAACCAAGCACCAGGUAAUGAUAAUUCGACGUUUAUAAAUUACAUUUCUUCUCAACUGGACACUUUACCUAAAAAGAAAAGACAAGAGUUGGAAGCAAAAAUAGCAGUCCUUGUCAACAAUGUCGUUUUGGAAGAAAUGAGUAAAGAUGACCAACAAGUUCUUUUAUUUUCAUUUUAAAAAAUGUUUAAUUUCACAUACUUUUUAAUAUAAAUAUAUAAUGCCUUUAUGAGAACCAAAGUGAAAGCAAUUUUCGUAGCCAAAUGUUAAGGGUAAUUUAAAAAAAAAAUUUUGUUUAUGUGAAUAUUAGUUUGGUAAAAAAUAGUCGUGGAUUUGUGAUUAUUGUAUAAGAUUUGCUAAAAAAAAAA